UCGAUCUAAGAAUUGCUGCAGGUUCUUCUUCUUGUUGUUCUCACCUUCCCUUUGAUUUCUUUCUUUGUUUAAUAUUCCCAAGAGGAGGGGGCAGGGCAAGAAAGAGGGGGUAGGAGAAGAGAGAGAGAGAGAGAGAGAGAGAGAGAGAGAGAGAGCUGGUGGCGUUAGGUGGUGGCCGGCAGCUAGUCAAGGAGAAGGGAGACCCAACCCCAAAAACUGCUCCUCCCUUCCCCAACCCACCGGCUUCGAUUUCAUUCAUUUGAGGAGCUGAUUGAGGCAAUUCUACACAAGGAAUAAUGUGCCCGCUCAGGGUCAUCCUCAUCUUCCUUUCCGCCACCAUCGCCGGAUUCUUCCUCAUCCGGGGCCUCAACGCUGAGCCUGACCUCCAGGACGACGCCGACGGCUCCGAUUCCCCAAGGGCCCCCGUUCCUCUCCAUUCCAAGGUUGGGUCGGCUUUGAAAACAGGAUUCUGGACAAUGGUGGACAUGGCAAGCGGGAAGUACCUUUGGCGCACUCUUGUUUCACCACCGACAAAAUGUGAAUCUGAGAAGGCCCAGUGACGGAGUUGUGAUAUUGAUAUCAUACUUGGUUGAUUCGGGAACAGAUGUAACCACUUUGUGGUUGGAUUUUGUUGUUGAAGUGUAAUACGAUGGCAACUGUAACAUGAGGACUAUAUCUUGAAGUGAAUAUACAGAACAGUUCACGUUUGAGCCUUGUCGUGUAACUUAAACAAUUGUGGAGAAUUUGGGGACAAUGCUGACAUAUUAAUACAUGAGA